CACCCCCCUUUUCUUCGUUGUGCGCCAUGGUUCGGAUUGAGAGCUUUGAGACAGACACUCACUCGGCUCCAUUCACAGUCAUCCUCACUCUCGCUGCGAAUGCAGUCUCUGCUACAAAGCGCGGAGCAUCACCCGACUCGACCAUUUCCAUGCCUCCAGACACCUCCGUGGCCUCAGGAGCCUCAAUAGCAGGCGAUGCGGCGGCAGCGUCCAAUCUGAGCAACAGCAUUGCGCUCGAGUUGGACGUAUACGUGAGCGACAUUCCGCGCGAGGUCGCUCGCCUCCUCGUUACAAAGCACAGCGUGCCUGUUUAUCUCGAAUCGACAUUGACGGAAGUGCUCUCGGCGCUGAUUCGGCGCGAGAUUGUCGAUCGCUUGGCCGAGCGCGACGAGUUGGCAAUCCGAUCCCUGAGUGACGUCGCUCUCGCAGCGCGUCCGACGACAACAACGCCUGAGACCAUCCAUGCUGGGACGAAUGAUAUGGAUGCGCCUGCGCCCGACUCGGCGGCGGCGCGGGCGGCGGCACGCUGGGGCCACGCAUUCAAGACCGAGCACGUCGUGCUGAUGGAGCAGUCGUCGCCAUCCAUUGAUAUUGAUUUUGCAGAGGCGUACCAUCGACUUAUGCAUUCGAGCGCCUGCCUCAAGUUGUUGCAGUUGGAACAGACAUACUCGCGAGCUGUCACUGAGCUGGUCGGCGCACGAGACAUGGCUCUUAACAAUCUACACAAACGGCAAUCUGAUUCACUCUCCCGCAUGCUGGAGAAAGUUGGAAGCGAGUACACGGAGCGGGAUGUCAAUGUUCUGGCUGCUCGGCAUGUUGAAGAAAUGCAAGCAAUUGAAGCGAAAUGGGCAAAAGACAUACGCGAGCUCAAGACAACCCAGCGCAGACACUACAGAGAGUUUGUGCUUGGGUUUCAAGAGACGGAGCCAAGCACCCCCGUUAGCCCGCAUUCGGUACUCCACUCUGUCUCUUCCCCAGCACUUGUGGAUCUCAAGUCCAAGCGCGACAACUUUUCCGGAUUUCAGCAGAUGUUCCCUUUUACGCCCGUCAAGCUAAAGUCAUUGUUUGGGAGCAAACGAUGGCAAACGUUGGCAAACGAUGUAUUCGAGAGCGCUGGCGCGUCCACCUUUUCAACAGCGCCCGAACCGAGCGCAAACUCGAGUGGCAUUGCAAUGGAGGAAAGCUUUACCAUCAAGCUUGGCUCUCAAGUCAAAACAAUGCACAAUCUCCGAUUGAUUGCGGGCGAUAUUCUGACGAUGAGCGCGAUUCACGCGGGACAAACCGAUCCGACGCUGCUCCAACAAUCAGCCUCUGCAAACAGAGUCGAUGCGGGCAACGCAUUUGACACCCAACCAGUCCGAGUGCAAACCGCCAUGACUCUUUAUUCCCGGAACUUGAGUGGGCUUGUGCUCAUUGUGGACAAAGUUCCACGAUUUGACAGCGGGUUUCAGAAAGAUUUUGCUCACUUGUGUGAGCAGUCGACCGAUUUUCACUUCCAGGACUUUGCGGAACAGAUUGAUGAGCUCAGACUCGACUUGAGCACCAUGGGAAAGCAGUCGUUUGCUUCCACCGACUUUUUCAUCACCCGGCACUCCAACCUGGCUUCCUUCCAUGUAGUGUUCCAUCUUGUAGGCGAGCGGGAGCGCGCCAGCUCGCUAACAUCGCGCUCACCCAUUCUUCUUGGCUUGCGCAACGUGCUUGCGGCUGCAACGUCGUUUGAUGUGACGACGGUGACGGUUCCGUUACUGCUGACGUGCGUCUUGACCUCUGAAAUGAACGAUCGGUGGUGCUUGAAGCGAGCCGAGCUUGUGCUCAAGUGCGUGAAGGGCUUCAUGAUGGAAACCAGCUCGUUUGGGGAGGGCACGAGUCACACCGUCCAAUUCUUUGUGCCCGAUGGUGUUUCUCAGUCGCUCUUUGGCUCUCUCAGCAAUUUGAUCAACACUGUGUUCAAAUUGUCUGCGCCUCUGAUCGCACAGUAGCUGCACACACCACGCUCGAAUGUUUGCGAU